CUCUCCCGCUCCUCUGCCGUCUCUUAGCAGCCACUCCGCAGGGGAAGCAUCUAAUCUGGCCAGGGUCCCCUGUUUAGAGGCACCAAGAGCAGCAGCAGCGCCGGUGCAUCGAGACCUGCAGCACCUAAAAAUAAUCAGCAGAUGCCCUGCUUGCUUUGAAGGCAUGCCACGCUGUGACCUGGGUACUCUUGGCAAAGGUGUCAUUCCCUUGGGUUAGACCUCACAUUUAGACUGUAAGCUCUUUGGGGCAGGGAGGUGCAUUGGUUGUUCUUAGGAAGCUCUGUCACUGGCAUCUAUGGCUUCCAGAGGUGGUGUAUUCCAACUUCACAGGUACAGGUGCUGAGAACUGGCAGUGGAAAAGUGAUACCUUUGUUUAAUUCCUAGUUCAAGUCGUCCCCUUAUGCAACUUAAGAUGCUUCUAUCAAUCAGUAUUGGCAUAGAUGAUUUUCUUUCUUUCUACCUAUAGGCUGGCUGAAAGGAAACCUCUGAGCAGAUGCAGAGUGCCAUUUGUGAUAACUGUAGUUUCCCUUGUGUUCCAGGGGUGAGCUCUGCGGAGUCUUGACUCAUAUUGACUGGCAGUGAAUGAAGAAUAGCAGAAAAUACCUGCUUAGAAUCUCCUUCAGGUGUUAUCUGCAAUUCCUAUUGAGUGAGAUGAGAGAAAUACAGUAGUUCCGUUUACAUCAUUUAAAUACAGUAUGUUACUUGUUAUACCUUCCAUAGGAGGGUAUAAAGUUUGGAGUUGCACAGAGAAUUCUAUCAGACCAAAUAGAUGAGGGGCUACUUCCUAGGAUCAUAGGAGUUGGACUUUCUUUUAAUGGAUUUCUUUUAAUGCUCAGUCAAAAUUUGCUUCUUUGCAGUUUCUACCCAUCAGUUCUAGUCCUGCUUUAUGGAGCAACAAAGAAUGAGUUUGCUCCAUCUUCUUCAUGGCAGAAUGUUAAGGUAUUUAGCACUGGUAUGAUUCUAUGGCGCUGUGGGUUAAACCACAGAGUCUAGGGCAGGCACCCCCAAACUUCGGCCCUCCAGAUGUUUUGGACUACAAUUCCCAUCAUCCCUGACCACUGGUCCUGUUAGCUAGGGAUCAUGGGAGUUGUAGGCCAAAACAUCUGGAGGGCCGCAGUUUGGGGAUGCCUGGUCUAGGGCUUCCUGAUCAGAAGGUCGGCGGUUCGAAUCCCUGCAAUGGGGUGAGCUCCCGUUGCUCGGUCCCAGCUCCUUCCAACCUAGCAGUUCGAAAGCACAUCAAAGUGCAAGUAGAUAAAUAGGGACCGCUCCGGCGGGAAGGUAAACGGCGUUUCCGUGCGCUGCUCUGGUUCGCCAGAAGCAGCUUUGUCAUGCUGGCCACAUGACCCGGAAGCUGUCUGCGGACAAACGCUGGCUCCCUCGGCCUAUAGAGCGAGAUGAGCGCCGCAACCCCAGAGUCGGACACGACUGGACCUGAUGGUCAGGGGCCCCUUUACCUUUACCUUUUAUGAUUCUUAGUUAAACACACGUGUUUCUGGUAGUUUAUAGAUAGUAGCCCUGAUUCCCUCUCUGCAUAGGAACGUUGGAAGCAGCCCAACGCUGAAUUAGGUUAUUGGUUAAUCUCACUCAGUAUUGUCUACACUGAUUGGCAGUGGCUCUUCUGGGUCUAAGGCAGGAGACGUCCCCAGUCGUACCUGGAGAUGCUGGGGAUUGAACUGAAGAGGACCUUCUGCAUGCUAACCAGAUGCUCUGCCACCUAGCUACAACCUUUCCCCAAUGGCACAGCAUCCUCUGCAGGCUUUGGUCUUGCUGUGUAGAGAGAUGUGACUAGUGAGUUAGUUUAUGCCCAAGAUCCCCAAAAACUUGUGUGGAAAGAUAAGUGCAGUGUGUGUGUGUAUCCGAGAGAAAGAGACAUACAUGCUAGUCAGUACUCCUGGCUUAUGAAUAACACCUGAGCAAUGACGCUUCACAGUUGACUCUGAUCAUACUAAGACCCUGCCUAUGACUGUGAUGCCUACUCUGCCUUCUUUUAAUAUUGGGUGAUGGAAAAACUGCAACUUCACACAGUUCUGUUGUCAACAGAGUUUUUUGUUUUUUGGCAAAGGUUGUGGCUGCUUUGUUAACUGAAAUUGGAGGCAAGUAAUUGUAUAGGAACAAUUGAUCUAGUCUUGUUUCCUACUUACUCCUUUGGUAGAUGACAAGCAGUGCAAUCCUAAGCAUGCCUACUCAGAAGUAAACCCUAUUUAAUUCAGUGUGGUUUACUCUUCGUUAAGGAGUUCAGCCUUAGUUAGCAAAGUUCUGGGUUGGAAAAUGGCUGGGCUUGGUCAACAGAUCAGUCAUGUAUUUUCUCUUGAUCUUUUUUUUCAGGGUGGGGGGCUGCUCUUCCACUUUGUACCCUCUGGUCAUGGAUGAGGCUUCCUGGCUGCUCAACAAGGGCUGCUUAGAAUGGACCUUGCUUUCAGGAGCAUCGUUUCCAAGAAUGCCAUGCAGUAUCGAGGGAGCUCACAGCACGAUGCUCAGGAGUUCCUCCUCUGGCUCCUGGACCGAGUUCAUGAGGACCUCAACAACAUAGUGAAGAACAAUGGCAGACCUCUGAAGCCGCCUUUGGAAGAUGAAGUGCUGAUUGAAGGACCCGCAUUUCCAAUCAAUAGCACUUUUGUCCAGGAGCUCUUUCAGGCCCAAUACAGGUCAUCCUUGACGUGUCCUCAUUGCCAGAAGCAGAGUAAUACCUUCGACCCGUUCCUGUGCAUCUCUCUGCCAAUCCCCCUGCCUCACACACGGCCAUUGUACAUCACAGUGGUGUACCGAGGGAAGUGCUCCCACUGCAUGCGCAUCGGGGUGGCUGUGCCUCUGUCUGGAACAGUGGCGCAACUGAGAGAAGCUGUGUCCAGGGAAACCAAAAUCCCCACCAAACAGAUCGUGCUCACUGAGAUGUACUAUGAUGGGUUCCACCGCUCCUUCUCUGACUUGGAUGACCUCGACACAGUGCAGGAGAGUGACUGCAUUUUUGCCUUUGAGACCCCAGAGAUCUACCGAUCUGAGGGGAUCCUAAGCCAGAGAGGAAUCCAUGUGAACAGCAAUCUGAAUCACUUGAAAUAUGGCCUUGACAAUCCUCGGCCAGCUCCGUAUACCCAAGGGAGGCUGGAGAACUCCAAUACCAGGGUGGCAGCAGUAGCAGCAGCGGCAGCAAGUGAUAAGCUGGUGGUGUUGGUUUGCAACCGGGCUUGUACUGGACAGCAGGGGAAGAGAUUUGGCCAGCCCUUUGUGCUCCAUCUGGAGAAGACGAUUCCUUGGGACCUACUGCAGAAGGAGAUUCUGGAGAAGAUGCAGUAUUACCUGCGGCCCUCAGCCUGUGUCCAGGUUUGUCCGUUCAGCUUGCGAGUGGUCAGCGCCGUGGGCAUAACUUACCUGUUACCUCAGGAAGAGCGGCCUCUGUGCCACCUAAUGGUGGAGCGGGCCCUGAAGUCAUGUGGGCAAGGUGGAAAUCCUCACGUGAAGCUGGUUGUGGAGUGGGACAAGGAGACAAAAGACUAUUUGUUCGUCAACACAGAAGAUGAAUAUAUCCCGGAUGCUGAGAGUGUCCGCCAGCAGAGGGAGCUCCACCACCAGCCUCAGUCCUGCACCUUAUCACAGUGUUUCCAGCUCUACACCAAAGAGGAACAGCUGGCCCCGGACGAUGCAUGGCGUUGCCCCCACUGUAAGCAGCUGCAGCAAGGAAGCAUCACGCUGAGCCUUUGGACUUUGCCUGACAUCCUCAUCAUUCACCUGAAGCGCUUUCGACAGGAAGGAGACAGAAGGAUGAAACUUCAGAACAUGGUCAGGUUCCCUCUGAUUGGCCUGGACAUGACGCCGCAUGUGGUCAAGCGAAGCCAGAGCAGCUGGAGCCUGCCGUCUCACUGGUCUCCCUGGAGGCGCCCCUACGGCCUGGGCAGAGACCCAGAAGACUUCGUCUACGACUUGUAUGCUGUGUGCAAUCACCAUGGCACCAUGCAGGGCGGGCACUACACAGCCUAUUGCAAGAACUCCAUUGAUGGCCUGUGGUACUGCUUUGACGACAGUGAGGUUCAGCAGCUGGCUGAGAACGAGGUGUGCAAGCAGACGGCUUACAUCCUCUUCUACCAGAGGCGGACAGCCAUUCCCUCCUGGUCGGCCAACAGCUCUGUGGCAGGCUCCACCAGCUCCUCUUUGUGUGAUCACUGGGUGAGUCGACUCCCAGGCAGCAAGCAGCCCAGCAUUGCCUCUGCGGCCUCCUCCCGGCGCACUUCCCUAGCCUCCCUCUCGGAGUCAGUGGAGCUGAUGGGAGAAAGGAGCGAAGAUGACGCUUCUGCCCCUGGAUCAUCCUUGGCCCUGCAGUGUUCUGCUCAAAGCUGGGAGAGCAGUGAGAAUGUCUCCUGCAGAGUGAACAGCUUCCCAGCACCGUUCCUCAGAGGUGGCUUUUCCACCCGCCCCUUUGUGAGGAGUGUCCAGCGCCAGAGCUUGUCUUCCAGGUCCUCCGUGACCAGCCCCUUGGCCGUGAGUGAGAACGGGAUCCGCCCCUCGUGGUCGCUGUCGGCGAAGCUGCAGAUGCGCUCCAGCUCACCUUCCCGCUUCUCUGGGGACUCUCCGGUUCACAGCUCGGCUUCCACCCUUGAGAGGAUUGGGGAGUCUGCGGACGACAAAGUCUCCACCUCAUGCUUUAGCAGCCUGAGGAGUCUCUCUGGAAGCCACAUUGAGUCCAGUGAGAGCAGUGGCCGACAGGAACACCCCACAGCAGGCAGAGCUCCCCUGGCAGUCAUGGAGGGUGUCUUCAGAGAUGAAGCGCCCGGUCGAAAGCCAGGCUCGAGCGCGGACUCCUACAGCAAGACCCUGUCGCAGGCAGACAGGAACUGCCCUGCCCUGGAUCCUUUCGAUAACAACAACCAGAUCGCUUUUGUUGACCAGAGUGAUUCUGUUGAGAGCUCUCCAGUCAAGGAGGGGAGAAGCUUCAGUGGAAUGUCCAAAGCGGGCAGCAGCCCCCAAAAGGCAGCCCACCCCAAAGACACAUUGGAGUCAGACAGAAGCUCCAGGAAAGGCAGGACAGAUUCCCCAGUGUCCUGCCAACCGGCAGCCCCGCUCCUUCCCUCCAAGAGUUUGCCGAAGGCGUCCCGGACCAGGAGCAAGCUGAACUCUAGCCGGGCUAGUGGACGGCAUGGCUCUCCUGCCCCCUCUGGGCAGGGCAGGAAGGAGGCUGGCUCAAAGGGCCAAGAGGCUGCCAGUAACACCUCUGCUGAGCAUCAGAAGCAAAAAGCUGCUUCCUCCUCUUCCUCCACUGCGACGAGAAGAAACUCCUCGGGGUCGUCUGUGCGGGGGCACAACACCCCCACGAGCAAAAACAGGACUUCGGAGCACAGCCUCAGCAGGGAGGGCUCCAAGCUCAGCCUCAGCUCAGACAAGGCUGGCGUUACCACUGGUUCACGGACGGGCUCCCCGCGGAUCAGCCAGUCGCGGAGCGAGGGCAGGAAACCGGACGGCAAGCACGUGCGCAGCUCCUCCAUGGCCAGCCUACGCUCGCCCACCACAGGCGCCCCCCGUGCCAGCCUGAGGAGGGAUAGCAAGUCGGAAGAAAAGGGGCUUUCUUUCUUCAAGUCCGCCCUGCGCCAGAAGGAAAGCCGGAGGUCAGCCGACCUAGGCAAGACCACUAUGCUCUCGAAAAAGAUGGCGAGCAGCUCCUCCAAAGCUGCCAGCAAGAACUUGCUUGAGGAGAAGCUGGAGAAGAGUGGUGGUGGCGGCAGUCCCUCCCAGCCUCCGAAUGCCCUCCCCUCGAACGCCACCCUGGCUUCUGCAAAAGACAACCCCUCUCCUGCCAAACACUCGCUGCUCACGAACCGCAAAUCCAAGUCUUCCCAGCUGGAGGCCAACCCCCUGCAGUCGCCCAGCAGUGGCAAGCAGGCAGCCGACAAGGCCUUGCGCAAACUUCCUCCCAGCAUGCCCUCCUCUGCACGGCCGCCGCCGGCCUCUUCGAAAUCUCAGUGAUUGGCUGCUGCUGCUGCUACUGCUCCUCCUCCUCCUGCAAUCCAAUUGGGUUGGUUUCCUCCUUUGCUUCUUUUUGUUCAUGUGCCUAACGUGUUUGAAGAAAACUUGACUACUGUUCAAGCGCCUUUCGACUCCGCCAUCGUACCAAAUAACUACAGGCUGCCGCUGCCGCUGGUAUUUUGUAGCGGGCUUGUGGGGGGGAGGGGUGCGCGCCAAAGGACAUUGUCAUCAUCUUCUCUCUUCUCUUCCCUCUGCCUCAACCCCACAGCAGAAUUGCAGUCUGCACAGUAGCCUUCUUGGGGAGUCUUACCACUUUUCUCUCUGAAGAGGGACUCUGGAUUAUGUCAAUGGCCAGCUGUGUCCAUGUUGCAAAGCUACCGCUUCUGUCCCUUGCAGUGUGUGCGUGUCACUGAGCAGGCUGUAGCCUUGCUCUGUGAGCUGCAAAGGGAAACCGUGUGAAAAGCAAGACGAUCACCCUGUUCUGCUGUGUGUCUCUCCUCCCCAGGCAAUGUCUCCUCCCCCACUUCCUCCCCCCCCCCCCGACACCCCAUUUCCCAAGCUUCUUAAAGGGCAAUAUUUCAACGCUAAUGUUGUUUCUCAGGUAAGCGCUCAGCCAGUACUGGAGGGAACAGAAGAUUCUGGGGGAAAGGUGCAUUCUCUCUCAUAGAGGGGUGUGUGUGUACGUCAGAGAAGCCUGCUUUUAAGUGUGUCUGUUUCUGUUUUUUUUCCUCCAUUCCAGCAGAUUUCUGUAUGUUUGGAAUUUUUGUUUUUUUUAAAAAAGUCUGUCCUGCUUGACACUCUUAUCUGUUCGGAGGUGUCUUCUCAUAAGAGGGAGGGACCAAUUGGCAGCCUGGAAACCAGCAGGUUGGGCCUGGAACUUCUGCAGGGUGGAAGGGGGUGGUUCAUGGAAGGGACCCAAAGGGUCUUCUAGUCUGACCUCCUGCCCUGCAGCAAUCACCGCAUCACAGGUUAGGUGGAAGGAGGUUGUGUGUGUGUGUGUGUGAUGAGCAUAUUCUGUAGUCCACAAUGAAGAAUGCUUGACUUCUCUCUCUCUCUCUCUCUCUCUCUCUCUCUCUCUCUCUCUCUCUCUCUCUCUCUCUCUCUCUCUCUCUCUCUCUCUCUCUCUCUCUGGAGAUGUGGAUCAGUUGUUGCUGCAGUCCAUGGUGGAGGAAGGAGGCAUUUAAGCUUUUGUGGGUCCUAGCUGGAACUAGGCUCCUGCUGCCCUUCCUCAAAUCCUUUGGUCCUCCCUCUUCUUGCUCCUCAUCUGCCAUGUGGCUUUGGCAAUGAAUGGCCACUCUGAAGCCUUGGGGGGGGGCACCUUUGUGCCUCACUCUUAGGCGUGCUGUGCAAUGACUCCCUCCAUGCACUCUUCCCUCCCUUCGCUCAUUGCUCUUGUUCCCAUGAUCUUUCAGUGGAUUUUGAGCUUACAGUGCCCACCUGCUUGUUGCCAUUUCUUUUGGCACAGGUUUGGGGAUGCUUUGGCUUUCCAGAUUAUGCUGAGCUGCAACCCCCCUCAGCCCCUGGCAAGUAUGAUUUAACAGCUGGGAUGAUGGAAGUUGUAGUUCAGCAGUUUCUGAAGGCCCAGGGGUUCCCCACAUCUGCUUCUGCCCGAGUUGACUGCCUGCUUGCCUCCUGCAGCCUUCAGCUUGAGCAGGGAACUUUGCAGAGGCGUCACUGACAAGCUGUGCCUUUUGUCUUUUUUAAUGCUGGGUGGCAGAUGGGUUCCUUCCCUUGGCCAUGUCAUCUUACUGAGGCAUGAAGCCUCUGCCUGUUUGGAGGUUUAGUUAACAAGACUUCAGCCCUUGAAUGCAGCAGGUCCUUCCAUGGUUUAUUAUUCCCUUUGCACUGCCUUGGGCCUGUCUUUGUUCGGCUGGAACUGACACUGCCACGGCCCUAAGUGGUAGAUCCAACUACACAGCCAGGUUAUCAUCUCCUCCUCACCUAGGAACAAGGGAUCCUGGGUAUUUGGGUCUGCUUCUAAGUGCCACAGGCAGCCUUGAAACGUGGCAGGUGAGGCAUUUGUCUUAUACCUGGGUUGUGUUUCCAGUUGCUGAGCUGUGAACAGGUAGGCUGCAGCCCCAUGGGAAGUGACACCUGGCAAAACCCCUCCUCACACAGUUUAGCUCCUAUGGGGCAACAACACAUCUCCUCCCCCCCCCUUGUGCCCACCUGUAGGUUAAAACAGGAGCUUUUGUGUGCUCAGCUCUUAGGUUGCCAAGCUCACCCCCUUUGCUUUUAGAUGUUCCUCUUUCUCAAGUGGUGAGGCACUGCAGUUAGAAGAAAAAUGUCUGGUUCCUGGGGAAAGGAUUGUCUUGGGGGUGACCGCAGCAUGUCCCAUUAAACAUGAUGAGAGAUCCAUGGGCACAGGAUGCCUUAGCCCAGCCUUGGCCAAUCUGGCGCUGCUGCUGGGAUAUGAACCUUGACCCCUUCUCCUGCCCCACUGGCAGUGUGUGUGUUGAGUGUGGGGGUGAGUGAUUGCUUUCAUUGCCCUCCUUUUGUCAAAGGGACCUUGCUAAGCUUUGUGGGGUUCCCUCCCCCUUUUUUUGUUCCUUUGGCCUGGGCCACUUCCUUGUGUUGGGCUGGCCGCCAGUUUUUCAUUGGGAAGAGAUAUUCAGCAGACUUCUAGGCCCUUAGCGCUAUCUGUGUUUCUUCUUUUUUUAAAAAAGGACACAAUUUCAUCUCUCUUCAGACAAGUUGGCUUUAGUUCCAGGAGGACCGUGGGAUUAAAUUUAGGCCUCUCCUGACAUGCAGCUCUGCAGUUCUCUUUGGGAGUAGGGGUUGGUGGAGUAACUAAUUCAAGGCUCCCCUGAAUAGGGAGGAAAUUGAGCCCCCUCCCUGGCUCCCCUGCAUACCCAGCUCCAUUCAAUUGGCCCGAAAGCCUGUUUCUUCCUAAUUCCAUGAAUGACACCUAGUCAACCUUCCAGUUGCGGGAAGGUUGAGUUCUGCAUCUCAGAAGGCUUCCUAUCCUUUGGGUCUAGAUUUUUGGAGAGUGUUUAUAAUUAGUAUGCACAUUCUAAGCACAUAUCCGAGGGAUUGUAUUAUAGAGGCACCUUGGACUUCAUGUUGCUUGUACUCGGUGGGCGAGAUGGUGCCAACAGCCGCUCUUUGUAGCCAUGGCAAAGCACCUCACUUUUCGCUUCUGUCUUUUCAGAUGUAUCUAUGGAUCAAUGCGACUGAGUCGGACUAAUCAUUUUAGGUAGAGAGUGAACCUCCAUGCUCCAGACACAUUUAACCUAGUUUUGUAGGCUCUUCUCUGCUUGGCAGUGCUGAAUUUCUUUAGCAUGGUUGGCCACUUAUCUCUCUUGCUCCCACUCCCCAAAAAGCCCACAAUGAAGGUAACAUGCAUGGCCCUUCCCUGUGCCCCUCCCCCCCCAUGCAUGACCAUGUUAACUAUGCAAGCAGCUAAAGCUAAGCUAAACCAGGCUGCCCCUGUCACUGCUGCUGCCCAUCUGAUGCCCACCUAAGCUUGGACUGGAGCUCUCAGCCCACCCCUGGAGCAGCCAAGGGUCCCAGUUUCUGGCACCCACAAUCCUCUCCUUUGUACAGCUCUUUUUGUUUACUGACCUUUUUGGGGAGGGGGUACAGAAGUUACUGUGGAAUAUUUAAAAGGUUGCAGGUGAUUUCUCCCUGUUCUUUCUGAGGGUGCAUUUUUGUUUCCAGACGUGAGCAACCUGCUGUUUUCAAAGGGGCUCCCAGCCAUUUGAGGGAUGCUGCUAGCAGCUGGCAGCCUCUUUUAAGGAGCAGAUUUCUGUGAUGGUAGAAGGGCUCCUUCCCCACCAUAACACAGCUUCUCUGGAGCCAGUUUUUUUGGGGGGGGGGUGAGUGGUGGCAAAGCAGGACUCUCCAGUCCCCUUAGUUUCGUUUUGGUGCAAGGAAGAGCUGGCUGCAGAGCUGGGAAGGUCUGAGAGGAACCUCCUCUGGUUUCUGGGAACGAGGCCCCAGGGAGCUUUGUUGCAAAGAGGGACGUUGCUCCUUAAAUCAGAACCACCCACAGCUCCCAGGCAGCUCCUGCACAGGAGGAGUAAGGGGAGCAAGGGAAAGAGGAGGAGGUUUUUCCACCAUCCUGGAAGCUCUCAUCAGCAGUCAAGGAAGCGUUUUUGUUUCAAAUGCCAGUUCAAAUCAUGUUAAGGGCAAUCCUCUUUUUGGCUUUGCUGUCAUUUGCGUGUUAAUCCGCAGCAACUUGUCGGGGGUCCAACAUUAUCUGCAGAAGCAACUGAAAUUUAGUUCUAAUCUGUGGUGAGAUGGAAGUACUACAUGGCUUUCCUUAAUUAUAAAAAAACACACAAAAAAACCAUAACAAACCAAAAAUCCAUUAGCAUGCAGGGGGUUGGAUUUGACAGAAUGAAGGAUGAAAUGUAAAUUCCAACACCCACUUGUUUUCUUUUUACAAGCAUUAAGCCAACCUGAUUUGAAUGCUGGGUGCUGAAAUGGUUUGAUUGGGCCUAAAAUGAAUUCUCUGCAACACAGCACAUGGGGGCUGGUUGCAAGAGGCAAUUUGGAAAGUCUUCCCUCUUGCCUUUUCUAACUUUUUUUUUUUAACUAAAUGUGGCACUUGCUGCAUUUGCAUCCUGGGCCCCCAGAACUGGAAGUGGUAUCCAGAGAAUUCAUUUCCUCGGCUGCUGCUCACCAGCCGUGCCUCGUCUCACCUUUGGCUAAAACUGAGUCUUCAGUGCCAUUCCAAAAACUGUGAGCCUCAAACACUGGACUCGCUUUCCUGUCUGACAGCUGGAGUUGCAUGUUACAUCACAGGAUGCUUCCUCCUCUCUCCCUCUCGCCCUCUCUCCCUUAUUCCUAUCAAAAAUUUCUAAGUUUUUUUUAAAAACUGUACAGUACUCUGGGAGGGAGGCUGUGUCUCUUCUUGGGGUGGAACCAUUACUAUGUACCAUAAGAGGGUUUUAACUUAUUUGACGGCAAGUGCAUGAGACUGUGUCAAUGCCUUUUAUUUAUUUGUAUGCACUUUUAAUAUGCAGAAUUUAUAUUUUUAUGUUUUAAAAAAUCAUUUCCUGUCAGGAAGAAGAGUUUGGAUACAAGGUAUUGGAUGAUUUAAAAGUGGGAAAAUGUAAUAAAGUACAAUAAAUUUAUUACAGGGCAUUGCCUGAAUGUGUUUUUUUCUCCACCAGAUCUUGUAGCACCUUCUCUCUGAGCAGAGGAGGCUGCCAUAUCAGACCACUGGCCCAUCUGGUCUGCACUGAUGGGCAACAGUGGCUCUCCAGGGUUUCAGGCUGGGUAUCACUGGAGACACAAGGGACUGAGACUGCUGGGAUGUCAUGGAUGCAGAGGAAUGGUGGGAGGCACUAGCUGGGGAACCCCCCCCCACUGCGUGUGGUAUAUUUGGGGGGUGGGGUGGCGGCCAAGCUGGGUGGGUAGACAUGUUGGUAAACACUUUUAACAAUCACACCAUUUCUAUGGUUCUCUUAAGCCUGAGCCUCUUCCUUGCCGCCAGAUGGCGCCCAUGGCUUUGUGCCACCACUAGAGAUGGAGAGAUGAUUCUCCUAAGUGUUGGCUGGCUAGCUGGCUGUCUACCAGGCCAGGAAUUGUACAUUGAGCUAGAGCUGGCUGUAGCAGAUAGGAAUCAAAGUCCAACAACAAAUGGAGAGCCACAGUUCAGGAUGAGUUGAGGGAAUAAUGCAAGAAGAAAAGAGGUCUGAGUGGGGCCCACUUUCCUGCCAAUAGAAGGAAGCUGCCAACUGGUGCACCCACUCAUAGAAUCAUAGAAUUGUAGAGCUGAAAGGGUCACCUAAUUGAACCCCCUGCAAUGCAGGAAUCGCAGCUAACAAAUCCCUCACUCGUAGCUUUCCAAGCAUCUUCCCAGAAGAGACCUUUCCUGGUGUGCCAAGCUUAUGCAGUGUGGGAUGGGGCUGGAUAUUAUUGAUUUCUUUGUUUUUUCCUCAUUUAUAUUACACCUUUUUCUUCAAGGAGCUCAAGGUGGCAUACAUAGUUCUCCCCUCUCCAUUUUAUCCUUGCAGCAACCCUGCGAGGUAGACUGCGAAGUGACUGGCCUUCAAGGUCACCCAGAGAGCUUCAUGGCCAAGUGGAGAUUCCAACCCUGGUGUCCCAGGUCCCUCGUCCAAUACCCUUGACUGCUGCACCACACAGGCAUGCAGUGGAGUCCAUGCAAACCAUAGCACCCACCCACAGCGGGCAAGAGCAAAGCUAUGGCCAAACUUGUUAUGGGACACACUUCCUUUCUAAGCUCUGUGAGCUCUGCAAUGCUUUUAUCCCACCCCAAAAGUUUACCUCCAGCAGUAUAUGGGGCGAAUGGGGCAGUGGAAUUUGCUGCCAAGGAGUGUGGUGGAGUCUCAUUCUUCAGAGGUCUUUAAGCAGAGGCUUGACAGCCAUCUGUCAGGACUGCUUUGAUGGUGUUUCCUGCUUGGCAGAGGGUUGGACUGGAUGGCCAUGGUGGUCUCUUCCAACUCUAUGAUUCUAUGUGCAAAACAUCUGGAGGGUACCAGAUUGCUGAAGGCUGUCUUGCAGGUUUCAUAGGUGGUCCCAAGGGCCCACCGUUGUCUGAAUCUUUUAAGUAUCCAGCCAUGUGGUGGUAGUGAUGAAACAAUUUCCAUGCUGGCUUCUGAGUCAAGCCAGGAGUAAAGGCAAGGCAAGUGAAUGGGUGGCUUUAGGGCAGUGAAGUGGGAGACUGAUCUAAGCUGUGAGAUGUUGUCUGCUUGGAAUGAACAGAAGUUGUGGAAGAGGGUGGAUGUAUUUAUUGCUCUGGCCCAUCUUUUGAUUUCAACCAGAAGGAGCAUUCGGGGUGACUGUACUGCAUAUUAAUUAGUGGAGAAAAAGAGGGUGCCGUGUAAUUUCUUUACUGCUGUUACAUAGGCCAGGGUACAAAUGUUACAUUAAGGAUGAUGCUGAUGUGUUCUGGUGCCCAGGGCAGGAAAUUAACAUGGCAUCCUCUUCUCCGGGUAUAUGAUUAAUAUAGAGCACAGACUCUGAGCCCUCCCCCUCCACUGACCCAUUGGCCAUCACAGUGGGUGAGGGUGGGCAGCUUCCUCUCUCCUGAAAAUUACAUAGAGCUAAAAAGGGAAGUUGGAAGAGUGACCCUCCUUCCCGUUUCCUCUUUCAACCCCUUUGGCUUUUCAAGGCUCAAAUUACUUC